AUGCGUUCCGCAGCUCUCAUCGCACUUCUGACCGUCGGUGCCUCUGUUGUGGCUGCUACUGAGCCCAGCAUCGUUACUCAGACUACCACGACGACUCGCUUUCUCACCAUCACUCACUGCGGGCCUGCUGUCACUGACUGCCCUGGGAGCAAGACCUCUGCUGUCGUUACCACUCCAGGCGUCACUCCAGGCGUCACUUCAAGCACCAUUUCGAGCAUCACUUUAAGCACCUCUUCAAGCACCUCUUCAAGCACCUCAUCGAGCACCUCAUCGAGCACCACCUCAACCCCAGUGGUCAAGACAACUGUCAAGACUUCGGUGGUUCCUCCUGCUCCUUCCAGCUCUACCUUCUACCCCGCCUCUAACACCACUGUUCCAGUUGGACCAACGGGAUCUACUACCAUCCCGGGAACUCCCACUGCACCUCCUGUUAUUCCUACCGCUGCCGCCAAUGGUUUACAUGUUCAGACCGGUGCUAUUGCCGCUGUUGUUGCCGCCGUCAUUGCUAUGGCCUAUUAG